GCGUCCGGAGGAGGAGGCCAUGCGGGCUCAAGUGUCUGUGAUCCUCCCCGUCCACAAUGCGGAGCCCUGGUUGGACGAGUGCUUGAGGUCUGUUUUGCAGCAGGACUUCGAAGGCUCCAUGGAGCUCUCGGUUUUUAAUGAUGCCAGUAAGGACAAGUCUAUGGCUAUCAUUGAAAAAUGGAAAGUGAAGCUAGAAGAUUCCGGUAUCCUCGUAGUCAUUGGAGGGCACGAUUCUCCUUCUCCCAGAGGAGUCGGAUAUUCUAAAAACCAAGCAAUAGCACAGAGCUCAGGGUCUUACCUGUGCUUUUUGGAUUCGGACGAUGUGAUGAUGCCGCAGAGGGUGAGGCUGCAGCUCGAAGCCGCCGUCCGGCACCCAACAAGCAUCAUAGGCUGCCGAGUGAGGAGAGAGCCACCCAACUCCACGGAGCGCUACACGCGCUGGAUCAACCAGCUGGCGCCUGGGCAGCUGCUCACGCAGGUCUUCACCUCCAAUGGCCCAACUGUGGUCAUGCCCACCUGGUUCUGCUCGCGAGCAUGGUUUUCUCACGUGGGCCCGUUUGACGAGGGCGGGCAGGGCGUGCCCGAGGACCUGCUGCUCUUCUACAACCACCUCAGGAAGGGCGGCGGCGUCAGACGGGUGGACCAGAGCCUGCUCCUCUACCGCUACCACCCCAGCGCGGCCACGCACUCCGUGCUUGAGUGUGGCCCUCGGUUCCUCACCAUCGUGCUGCUGCUCACUUUUGGGGACUCCAGACCGGUCAGUCGGGGCCCCUCUGCACACCAAGAGCGUGAGGCAGGGACCCGCACUCGCGUUUCUGGAAGCCGAGCCGACUGUCCUUUCCCUGGAAGGUGUGGGACCCUCUGUCCUGGGAGGUGUGCUGUCCACUUACACAAAGUUCUGGAAGUGCUCAUCUGUGGGUUUGGGGAAACGAGUGCACUGGCCCCUGUGCUGCCCUGCCUUCGGCUGUCCAAGGCUGGCGUCCUAUGUCCUCCCCAGGUGGUUGCCUUCUGCGACGUAGACGAGAACAAGAUCAAGAAGGGCUUUUACUGCUACGAGGACUCUCAGGAAAAGCCCAAGCCCCGGGUGCCCAUCCUGCACUUCCGAGCCGCCCGCCCGCCCUUCGUCAUCUGCGUGAAGCUGGACCUGACUGGGGGUGCAUUUGAGGACAACCUGAGGUCGCUGCACCUGCAGGAGGGCCAGGACUUCCUUCACUUCAGCUGACAGGCCACAGCAGCCAUCGAGUCCUGCAGGUGACAAGGGAUCGGGGGCCGUCGGGAAGGACAGCCAUGUGGCCGUGUGGGAAUGGCAGACCCCGCGUGGGGGGCAGGGUCAGGAGGCCUUCACCUGGCAGGGGGGGCAGGAGGGGUGUGUUCUGAUUGGGUGGGGUCCACACCCUCCCCGGGCACCUGACACGUGCCCACACACCAUGGCCUCUUCUGAGAACAUUCGCCACGUGAAGUGCCUGGGUGUGGGCACUGCCAUCUGGCGCCAUCUGGGUGGACUGCGCUCACCCGUCAAAGUGAGCACCCUGGGGUGCAGCUGCUGCGCUUGACCUCAGGAGACGGUGGGAGUCAGACCACCCGGCGAGAACAGCUGUGCUCAGCGCCCAGUGGUGGGGCAUCGGCAGCAGAGGGCAAGGGGCUCAGGGGCCUGCUGGGGGCUGUGGCGGGAAGGGGGGCACAUCUGGUUUCCUCUGGUUGGUCUCAGUUGGAAACGGAGCAAAAAUGAGGGGAGCUGGCAGUUACCGCCCACUCCCGGGGAUGGACUGGCUGCUGCAGGCACUGGGCAGGAGCUGAGGUUGUAUGGCUGGUCUGGCACCGUCUGGCUGGUCUGGCACCGUCUGCGUCCAGCCUCCCAGUCCUAGGACCCCACCCCUCCCAGUGACCCCACCCAGGCCAGGAGAACAAGUCCCAAAGAGCUUUUCCCUAAAUGUGGGGUCUCCUGGUCCCGCGUUCCUCCUCAUGUCUGAGACCCUUUCCUGCUGCUGACGUCCAUCCACAAGGGGACAGCUUGCCGUCACACCUGGAAAGGGGUCUGCACAGGGCUGUCCCCACAGCAGAGACCCAUCCAGCCCCGAUGUCAACAGAGAAACACCAGCCACAGGCUGGAGCCCGUCCCACCUAUGGUUUCACUCUCCUCCUUGAAUCCCUUCCACUCGGCGCUCGGUCCUGCCACGUGGAGUCGUGUCCUCAGCCCCAGGGCGAGCUGACCCAACCUCUCGACUCGGCCGCUGGGACUCGGACAGCAGGGGCACCACCGUGUGCACAGCAGCCAGCGGGGGAGCCCGUCCUGUGUGGACGGCUGGGCUUCUGCAUCGAGGACGGCUGCCUCCCAACAAGUGUGGGCGCCUGCACGGUCCGCACCCCCGCCCCCGGGACAGGUCCCUCCUCUCAGGCGUCUCCUGACUCUGCCUUCACGUUUCCCGGCUGUUCUUCCCGACAGUUUCUGCGGGUCUUCCUGUCCGCGUUCUCUCCUCAGCGGUGUCCACGAGGAUGUUGAAUCCAUGGAGCAUUUUGUCUUUAAGCUCUUCUUGAUAAACUCAUUUUGUAUCUU